ACACACACACACACACACACACACACACACACACACACACACACACACACACACACACACACGUAUGAAGAACACACCCGAAAACAAACACAGCUGACGAAGGACAUCAAUUGACAAUUUAUUUUCUUUCUCUGCAUGUCUUUUUUUAGUUUAGUUUAGUUUUUCCCUGCAUUUUUUUGCCCCAUUGUUACUUCGUUUGUAUUUCUAUUAAUAUAUUUUGUUUCGUCUUCUUUGGGAAAAGAAUUCAUAUUGUUUGUUGUUUUGUAUACUUGUUUAAGUCAUUAUCACAAGAAUAUGUCAUUUUGCAAUAUUUGUGAAAUAGGUUGAGUCUUUGCAAUAAAAGUAGAUAUAAUAGCUAUUAAUACAUAUCAUACUUAAUAAGUAAAGUUUACUUUGAAUGUUUUAAUAUGUCAAAAUAUGAGCUUUAAGAUGAUUUUUUAAUGAUAUCAGAAUUCAUUAGAUAAGCUUUAAAGAUAAAUGUUUGAUACAGCCUACAUUCAAGACAAAAUUAACUAUAAGAUAAAAAAUGGAAAUGUCUAGCAACUAAUCUUUCGCCUUUAUCCCCCCCUCCCAACACAUCCCUCCCCUCCCCCCUAAUUCGUCCAUACGGCUACGCCCACUCGCUACGCUCUACCCACCCACCCCUACGCUCCGCCCACCCACGUCUACGCUCCGCCCACCCACGCAUACCCACGCCUACCCACGCCCACCCUAUUCACGUGGGUAAAUGGGCGUACUGGGCGUAGAUGGUGUGGGCUGAAACGCACCUGGUCGGAUGUGGAUACGCUUACUACAAGGACCCAUCUCGCGGAUACACCAAGAUCUACGUUUGCAACUACGCCCCAGGAGGAAACGUAAUCGGCGGCUCCAUGUACAAGAUGGGCUUCCCCGGCCAGCCCUACUGCGUGGGCGACGGCCUCAUCCCUUCGCCGAGCUACCAGGGUCUCUGCGAGGCGGACUCGGCGCCGCAGCAGAGGUCCUGCUCGAAGGACGCCGCCGCGGGCUCGCCCUCUACCUCGAGCUUCCUGCAGCUGCCGCCCCCGGGCCCGCCCAUCACCAACAGCCUCUCGUCGGGCGGCCACCCCAUCAUGGGUCCCGGCGGCCACCACAUGCCCCCCCACCACCCCAUGAUGAUGGCCCCGCACCCCCCCAUCCUGGGCGGCCCCCACGGCGACGAGUACCUGUCCGUGGAGCACGAUGCCCACGACCUCAUGCGGCCCACGGACUUCCUCAUGAAGGGCAUCCAGGAGCCCAUCAUGGGCCUCAUGAAGAUCCUCAACCCCUGGAAUAUCCUCAACCGCUUCCGAGGCUGAGCUGGUGGCGCCCCUCGCCUCGCCCUCGACGCCCACACGCCCGUUUCUCGCCCCCGCUCCCGCUCCGCCCGCCAGACGCCAUUGAUGUUUCUUGUAAUGAUCUUCCUGUAGUGUGUUUAGUCGUCCCCGCGGCGCUGUACCCUCCGU